UCGUAUGGUAGCAAAAGGAUAAUAUUCCCGGAGUUCUCGAACUCCGCUCGGUGGAGUGAGCACCGUUCGGGUUUCGUUCGCUUCGCAAGUUUGGUGAAAGCAACAUGCCCGCGGUGCGGAUGUACGCCGAGUGGGCGUCCCUGACGGGUCGCUUGCGAAGUGCCCAAGAACCGAGUUCGAGUGUUCUUCACUCGUUUCCCGCGGGUGUGGGUCGCGAAGUUGCACUGUCUACCAUCAAACACGUCGCGCGAGGUCACAGCGUCAGUGUGCCUGGAUCUGACAUGGGUACAGAGUCCUCAUUUUUGCAUUCCGAGAAGGACCUCAGAUGGACAAUGGAAGUAGUUUGCUAUGGACUAACUCUGCCGUUGAAUGAACUCGAAACAAUCAAGUAUUGCGUCCACGUUUACUGCGAUUGGCUAACAUCAUUGCUGCCAAACCCGAAAAACUGCGUGCCUCCUCCGUUGUCUGCCGCUCCGGAGCUGUACUGUCGCCAGAUAAUCAACCAGUUGUAUAACGUCUUCAUGCCACGUCCUGGGGAAAGUUCAGAUCAAGUGCAGAAACAAGCUGUGCUGUGCCAUAGAAUACUCAGAAGCCUGCAAACAGUGGCUCAGAAUUCUCUGUUAAUGAACAACGAGUUGUGGGAAGAGCUGUUGUUGUUACUGCUUUCCGUUAAUGACACUCUUCUUGCACCUCCCUUCGAGAAAGGUUUAUCAUUCUUAAUAUCCGAAAGCCGGUGCUUCGAAAGCCACGACAUGGGCGUCGUGCUUGGAGAGCGCGUCCUCAGUGUGCUGUUCGAAGUCUGGCUUUUGGGGACACUGAAGAACUUCCCGUCACCUGUCCUGUGGAAAACGUUUGCAGAAGUUAUCUUGCGUUGGAGACACAGAGUGGCAGUUGUUGAUCAAUGGAACCGAGGUUGUUUAUCCCUGACUGUGCGACUGUUGUCGGAUAUGUACGGUGCUCAAGCGGUACAGUCGGUGGAUAUCCGGGACGACGGAAACCUGGUGCCCGUAUCGAUGUCGAAGGAAACCAUAAAGCAAACUUGGUAUAGAAUGCUGCAUUUGCUGGGCAAUCCGGUCGAGUUGACUCAAGUGGGAGUUAUCAGUAAUGCGCCGCAUUUUAAGCAUUGGGCUAUACUUCAGGACAACCCGAAAGAGCCGUGUGAACAUCCCUGCCUUUCUGUCCUGCCCGAGGCAUUUGGCCGUGCGAUGGGUGGCAUAGCAGCAAUGGUAGACGCUUUCUUGGGGAAUGAGGUGGAUACCAGAGCACUGUUCGGACCGGCAGUGGAGCUGUCUGAACCUUUGUCUCCGUUAGACGUGAGCCACAACUCGGUUCAUGAGCCGCCGCCUUCGCCUAAUGCACGCUUCACGGCCUUCCUCUUCCCUCGGCGGGCCGGUGCCAUGUCCGCCGCCAUCACUGCUUCAGCCUCGGCAUUGGGAACAGCCGCUUCGUCGGGCUCUAACCAUUUCCCUCCCGCGCGGGGCAAUCCCGGCAAUAGCCCCGGGCCUGUUGCUCGCGGACCCCCGCCCUGUGGUCGAGCACUCGUGGAGAGCUCAUCUUUUGGCUCAAACGUCUCCGUGUGUUCCACCGCAUCUACGGAUAGUCACUCGGGUGCCGUCGGUCACGGAGAUACGAGAUCACGUUUUUCUACGAAGCGGCCCCGUGCGGCCACUUUCGACUUGGGUGUGUCCAAUACGACGUCGGUUCCGGCCGAAACGACAGUUCAAGUUGGGCCUUCAUCUGGCAAGCAAGAGCAAACUUCUUACUCGCCACCUCAACGAGGUUCAAUUGCUUUGCUUCCUGGGAGACCGAAGGUCAAUUCGAUCUUACAUUUAUUCGGUGCAUGGCUUUUUGAAGCUGCCUUAGUUGGGAGUCAGUUCAGCGCAUUGCCCAGCCAUCAACCAAGAAAUGAUGAGAACUCAGACCUGCCGGAUUCGGUUACUGCCGACAAAUUCGAGCGAGGAAGAGCUCUUGCUUUGGGCACCCUUUGCAGAAUUUUUUCAGCCAAACGCACACAUGAGGACAUUCAGCCAAUCUACCUCUCACAUUUUUAUGUUGCACUGAAUCAGGGACUUGCGUCUAAAGUUUUAUCAAGUGAAGUAAUUGCCAGUGUGCUAAUGAAUGGGCAGGAUUUAUUACGGGUUGAUUUAGAUGGCGUACAAGUGAUUUUGCCAGAAAUUGUCGCUGCCGUGGAAGCCGUGCUUUGUUCAGAAAAGGAUCCGAAGUUCAGCUCGGAAUUUUCAUCGAAUUUCCUUGCUUCGAAACACAAGGGAGGAGUACCAGUGCCUGAGCUACGUCGUGCAGCAAUAAGCAUUCUUUUAUCCGUUCUUGCUUUGCCCCAUCAUUUCCUCCAACUCCCGGUCAAUCGUUUGUUCCCAUUUUCUGGUGGGCGUGUUAUUCAAGGUCGUCCUGUCCAUUUCUGGGAGCUGCGUCCACGGCUGCUGAAUGUGUUGACGCAUGCAUUGCAAUAUGAGAGCGAUGCAUUGAACACGUCCAUGUUGCUGGGUGGAUUGAGCAUGUCGGUGCAAGACGCAGCUUUGUUUGAGAUGGCAGUGCACUCAUCACAAGUGGAAAAUUCUCACAACGAGUCAGGUUAUUCAAACGCAUCUUCAUCUGCGCCCUCCAGCUUGCAAUCGGGUGAAAUGACUCGGCGUGAUGAUGAAAGUCCUUACAGCAGCUUGGGAACCUUGGAGUACUCAUCAACUGACUCCGCCAGGACAAUGUUCAGCAAAGCAACGUUUUGGGUUUGUCAGCGGUUGAAGAAGCACUGGUAUUCAAACCUGAACGUUUGUUUGGCUGCUUUAGAGGCACUUGGAAGUCUAGCUCAGACACAUCUUGCGGAUUUCAGUAUAAGCGAAGCAAGGCAACCCGUGUUGGCGCUUUGUAGUUUCAUCGUUAAUCAGUGCUCUCGACCAAAACAAGCUCACAGCCGUGAUCUACAUUCAUCAAUAGUUGCUGCAUUCCGUUGUUUGCAAAUGUGGCUGUUACACUAUCCGGGUUUACUCAUAGCUGAUGCGAGGGGAACUUUGUAUCCAAUUUUGGAAACCAUUGAGCUAGGACUGUCAGGCUGUAAAUCAGUCGAAAAUCCGGGUGAUGAACCAUUAAUGAAAGAAGACAAGCCUUGCAACCCAACGUCUAUGCGGGUGAAGGAAGCUGCGGAAGCAGUUUAUUCGCACAUCUUCAACCAUGUUGGAACGCUUCAGAGGGAGAUCGGCGUGGAAAGCUUAUCAACUCAGCUUGACGAAGAGACUCUUCUCUCUUAUUUGUUGAUGAGCCGUCAUCACAUGGAAUUGGGGAAUACCGAGUUUUCGUUUACGAAAUCUGCCGCAGUCAAGCAUUUCCGUUAUUUUGCAUUGGAUAAUUCAACUAUUCUGGCACUACUAGAGGAACCUAUCAAGAAUGAACAAGACCCGCAACCGAGCAUUAGCGUUCUGAUCCGAGGACCAUUUGGCCGUUUUGCAUGGACGAUGCAACUGCGAUUGUUGCCACGGAACAAAUCCGGGUCCAAAAUGCUUCUUACAUCUUCCAAUCCUGGGCGGCCUCUUCCUGCAAAUGAACCGUCUUCCCAGGUUCAUCAAAAUCCUCGUUAUGAGCCCGAGGAUGUUGAAAGGGUUCCCCCUUGCAAAGUUGACAAAUCUAUUCCGUCGUUGGAGUCUUUGACGUCGAGCGGGAAGAAUUCCAGAGUCUGCGCAAAGCUUGAUACAAUUUUGAAAGAACAGAUUCAGUUGGAAGAUGCGGCGUUUGCCGAUAAACGUGGCUACAAGCGGGAGUAUCCAAAUCCAGAGACCGAGUGUGUACCUCCUCCGCUGUGUUCCGAUUUCCAGACGUCUAGAAUCUUCUUAUCCAGCUUCCAAAUGCUUGCUCCUCAUUUAGGCGUGGAAGACCCGCGAAGACGAUCUGAUGGGGAUCAACAACCCCCACUUUGUGCGUUGAAUGCGGACGAGGAGAUUUUCGUGCAUGAUCUUGAAUUACUUGAUCGAAUGGAAGCUAGAACACAUGACACUCUGCACGUGUUCUACGUCGGUGCUGGGCAAAGGGAUCUGUCGGAAUUUCUGCAGAAUGUUGAAAAAUUUGAAAAUACCUCCAAGGAGUUCGUGGAAUUCCUUUUAUCGGUUGGUUGGCCAGUUACUAUCGGGAAACAUUCUGGAUGGACAGGAGACGUGGCCACUUCUUGGCAAGGUCAUUAUGAUUCAAAGCCGCAUCUAACUCCAACAAGGAAAGGAACGGUUCGGGUUUCCGGAGACAAUACUUCAACUAAAGUUUCGCUGUGCAAAACAAAUUCUUCAGCCCCGUCCACUUGGGAUGGUUCCAAAGAUGUUUUAUACUGGGCAGACGCCGGACAAGAAAUUGCUGUGGUUAUUCCGUCGUGUCGCAGUUUGGGAAAAGUCAAAGCAUUUCAAGCGACCCAUGAAGCGCCCUCUUCAAGAAAUUCUGCUGGCUGCGAAGGUGGAGAUCAUUUGGCAAGUGGGCCCAUGCAAAGAAGGUUGAAUCCUGUGACAAAAGUAAUAGUUGCGUGGAUAGAGACGCAAGAAGAUGCAGCUACCUUACCAGUCGGGGAAAUGGUGAACAUUUGUCAAACUGGGGAGGAGCCAUCGACUUAUUGGCAGGACUCGCCAGAUUCCCGUCCUGUCUUCCUAAUUUGCAUUCACCCUCAGCAAACGGGCUUGUACCGCAUUCGUUUGAAAUCAAAUGCCAUGCAGAAGAUAUCGUUCGCCAUCCCGAUGGUCGACGGAAUGGUCGUAAGCAGACGAAGCCUAGGAGCUUUAGUGCGCCAAAUGGCUCUGAAUGUUUACCAUCGUCAGCGUUUGGAACAUGAUGGAUUCCGACAGCCACACGUUCAAAGGACACUCAGGAUACAAGAACUUAUAAAAAAAUACCAGCUUAAGACAACGUUACCGGAUUUCUACUAUGAUCUGUUCACGAAUCCGAGUUGAGCUCGUGAACCAGUUCUCAUUCCUAGAAUUUUGCAACCUCUACUGUUGUGCCUUGAACGCUACGUGCGUAACCUCGCAAUGGUGUUGAACCGUUCGGGAUGUAUUUUUGGCAAGGAGCAAAUCAUCGAUCGCUUUCUUCGAAGCGGCGAAGUCAUUCCAUUGCGGAGAUUUCUGUCAAGCACCCUUGAACGUUUGCUUUGAUUUGCAACAGCUUGAUGUGAUGAUGUGAGAGUGCUACGGAUUAUGAUAGGGAUAUUCGAUGCGAUAUUCUGUACCAAAUAUUUUUGGAUUGUUAUGAAUGGUCUCGGACGGCGGAGUACUUUUGUUUCAGAUUGAAGAUUCAUUAUAUCAAAGCCGAUUGGAGCUUUAUCUGAAUUAUAUGAAGCCUGUUGAAGGACGGUGUUGUUCUCUGCAUGGCAUCGUGCAUUGUUAUACGUGUACGUUUGUUUUCUAGACUUCGUGUGAAUUGCACGUUUGUGUAGUGUUCUUGAGAUGACGAAGGUAUGCGGUGGUCCACAAAUAGUCCAAAGCAGAAAUUUUUACUACGAUUUGCCCAUUUUUUCAGCUCAUACUUUAUUCCUACUGGAGAAGUUCCUGUUCAUGGAGAGUUCGGACUGGUAAAGUUGAAUUUUUGUCUGUUCUACAUGUCCUGAUCACGAUUUUCUCCCCCAGUAUUGGCGUGGAAGGGCAUUGAUUAUGAAUACAAAGCUGUCAAUCUUAUCCGGGACGGCGGAGAGCAACACAAGGAAGAGUUCUUGCGUGUGAACCCAAUGGGUCAAAUCCCUGCCCUUGCGCUUCCAAGUGGAGAAAUCCUGGCUGAAUCAGUAUGACGUAUAAAAAUAAUUUUCUCACGCCAUCGCGAACAAUGCAAUCGUUUGUUCUAGAUUAGCAUCAUGGAAUAUUUGGAAGAAACGCAUCCGGAUAAAAGAUUGAUGCCUGAAGAUCCGAUUAAGCGAGCAAAGAUGCGUCAAAUUUGUGAAACUAUUACUGCGGGCAUACAGCCAUUGCAGAAUCUUCGUGUCAUCAACGCGUUUCCUGAAAAUGAACGUGCUGCAUGGUGCAAAUCUGUCAUCGAGAGAGGGUUUCAAGCUUUGGAAAAAACGCUGGAAGAAACAGCUGGGAAAUUCUGCAUCGGAGAUGACGUGACGCUUGCUGAUUGCUGCUUGGUUCCCCAAGUUUACAAUGGACGAAUGCGCUUUGGAGUUGAUGUGAACAAGUUUCCAAAUAUAUUCAGGAUUGAUGCUGCUCUUGCCGAAUUGCCUCCUUUCCAACAAGCGCAUCCGGACAACCAGCCAGAUCGACCAUGAUGAGGCAUAAAGGAUUUUUGAACAUCUUCAACUCUGUAUGUAAGUUCCAUUUUGAGAUCCUUUCUUACUAAUACUGUGCUGUAGUAAAAUCGGAUAAUGUAGUUGAUUCUCAUGUUUUUGAAGGCAUCAAGGGAUUAUCUGAAUGAAAAGGUAUUAAUCCGUGACGUGUAGGGGUAAUAUGAUCAGGAAUACACGCUUUUUUGUUUAUAAAAUGAAA